CAGCAGCUGCUGGGCAAACACAACCCCUGUUUUACAUUUCUUUAGAACAACCGGACAAAAUCCUGCAGCCAUGAUUGAGGAUCUUUCUCAGAAGACGGAUGUCCAAGACCACUCUGAAAGCAGCUGGUACCAGUACUUCUGCAGCCAGGCGGAGUUUGAGCCGAGAGCGAGUCACGAUCCUUUCAGCUGUGAGCUGCAGGAUGAAAAUCAACAAGGCAACAUCUGGGCUGAUACCGAAUCUGGACAAGUGCAAAGAUGUACAGAUCGAUCCUUCGCCAAGGAUGCUAGAUUAAGACUUGAAGUUUUGAAGUCAGGCUGCGAUCUGUCAUCCUGCUGCGUCACGGACAGCACGCUGAACAGCUCCAACUCUGAAGAGGACUUCUCUGAUUGUGAAGAGACUACAGAGUCAGCUUUGGACUUGGUGGAGAUCCUUAAUAUAGAGGAUGAUGAGCAGGAUGAACAGAGCUGGUUGUAUGAACCUCAGAAGAAGCAGCCACUUGUUGAGAAGGGCUCUGCACUCAGGUGGUGUCGACAGGUGCUCGAUAACCGCAGCCCUGAGAUGGAGAUUGCAUGUCGUCUGCUUAUGAACAAGCUGGACCAAAGAUCGAGGCAUCAGGUCUUUGGGUGUUCCUCAGCUUUCCAUCAUGGUGUGAAUGGAUCUUCUGUGGACAAAAGCUCUGUCAUGUCAUCAUUCAGUGACUCCAACAGUUUAGAUUGCAGUGAAGAGAAUUUUCCCCUUGAUUCUAGUCCUGCAAGCUACAAACUGCAGGACAUCACAGAUGUUCACAUUAUGGCUCGAAUACAAGAAGCAAGUUUAAGACACGACUAUGUUUCCAUGCCAUCUGCAUACAGUAGAAACCAGCAAAAGCCCACUUCCUGCUUCAACACUGCAACAGAAAACACUGAUGAACCUGUCCAUGAAAAUAAAGUCAGAGCUUGCUUUCCGUCUUCUCUGCCAUCUGUGGGCUCCUCUCGCUGUCUGUCACCAGCACCAGCAACCAAGCAGAUGUGUCAGAGUCCCAAACUGAGCCGGCUUCAUGAACAAGUCACCCAGUUCAAGCUGCUUAAACGUGCUCAAAAUCAAGCAGCAUCCACUGGCUUAGCGAGGUCACCCCUGCGAACAAGCCUCCGCUCCCUUCAGGCUGUGAGGAACAGCAGAAGUCUGGAGACGGACGACUAUCAAACCGCUGGUCAAAGGUCCAACGCCCAGCCAGAUGUGUCAUCCACCAGAACAGCCUGUGGUUUUCGAUCCCUAUCUCCAGCAUCUGCAAACUUUCACAACCUAAAGCAGUCCUCCAGGGCUGGGUCAGUUCGAGUGGCAGCAGUGAAGGGGCUGCAGAGGUCUCAGUCUCUGAGCCCCUGCAGGAUUCCUCAUCCUGCAAAGGGGUACUUGCCCGUUCAUGGACGAGUCUUUGCAUCUCCAGAGAGACCAACCACUGCAGCAUGGAGCACACGUGCUCCACCUGUUCAGCGAGGAAAGACAUGAUGAUAGACUGUCAAAUCAUUUUAGUGUGCUUUAACUUGCAAAAGAACAUACACUGCAUUAAACUUGUCAUAUUAACUUAAGUACCUCAUCAAUUAAAUUAGUCUGAUGGUGGGUGGACUCUGUGUUGUCUUGUCUAGCCGCCAGAGAACCAACGAAAAUAUGUGAAAUUUACCUUUUUUCUGAUUUCCUGUUUUUUUUUUUAGGUCAAAACAAUAAAUUGCCGUUUCUAAACUUGGAAAAAAUGUUUCUUUUGAUUGUACAGCUUGUUCACGAAAGUGGACAACAGAACGAUCUUAAUACAAAAAAAUAAGA